GUUUUAUGUAUCUGAGCAGACGAAUGAAGCUCCUCGUACUUGUCAAGGAAAAUUAGAACCACGGCAGGCGAUAACAUCUCAUACGAAUCGAAUCUAGGGGUUUCAGAUCAAGCGUUUUCUAUUUUGGUUUUUAAGAGAUGAUCAAGCUCAGGGAUAUUGUUGCUACUCUAUCUCGGCCAUCGUCGUUGGGAACUUUCAACCGUGCUGCAUCAAUGAGCUUCAGUUCGGUCAGGAACAGUGGUGGUAAAUCAACAAUUCCAGCAUGGAUGGAAGCCAUAGACGAGGACUUGGAAUCGGAAGAGAAUCUGAUUAAUAUGUACGAGAGGUGGAUGAGACACACUGAGAAAAUCCGAACUGACAUUGAGGAGAAAAAUAGACGCUUUCAAAAUUUCAAGAAAAACGUAAUGAAACGUCGUAGUGCUGGUAUAUUUGCUGAUACUUGCAAGGAAGAGUUUACAUGCAUGCUGGGAUGCAAUCUCCCCAGCAUCGAAGUCCAGAGGUUAUUGCACCGCCAACACAGGUUGUUUUGUUGUGACCAGGAAGCUUGCAUUUGCUGCAACACCUAGAUUUCUUCUUAGAUUAGGUCUCAUCAUAGACCUUCAUUCAGUUCUUUCUAGGCUUGCAUAGUUUCAGCUCGAGUAAUGGAAGAACAAUAGUUGCACUUGGCUACAUAAGAGAAGAACAUACUGAGUUAAUACUCUACUGAUAUGAAAUCCAUGUAUUGCAUUCUACUUUACGUAGAUGCACACAUGUAUUAAAGUUAAACCUAAUAAUGUAAUAUACUAGGUUAUCCAAGUUCAUAUCUAGUCAUAGAUUGACAAAAAUUAAAGCUAAGUACUAAGUAAACAUGAACAAUUGAGAGCCAAAAAAUAGUCAUCUUAUUGGGAGGGAAGAAUGGAUUCGAGAAGGGAACCAAAUUCUAGUCAAUGGAAGGUCAAAGUCAAGCAACUUGAAAAGAGACAUAUAUUUAAAUUACCAAACCUACCCUCACUAAUCUGAUCAUACAUACAUUCUUUGUCACACAAAAUCUUUUGGACGUGGAGAUUCUCUUUGAAAAUAAUUGGUGCUCUUUACUGUUAUUAAUUAGUGUAACAUACCUAGUAUCUUUGUGUGAUCACCAUUCGACAAUU